AUGCCACACGCGGCAUUCUUGCUUUUGUUCGGAUGUCUUCCAAUUGUUUCCUCACUCUCAUGCUACAUUUGUGGGGAUACGAAUCUCGACGAGUUUGGCGAAUGCUCAUCCCAAUUCCAACUCGACUGCGCGAAUUACGCGACGCGAUUCCCGGCAAACGAACGCAUGUAUUGCCGAACGACGCGUCACCGAUCCGCUCAGAACAAUACAUUCACAAUUAUGAAAGAGUGCAUUACGGAACAAGACCAUUAUAAGACUUUCCCGGAGAAAGGCUACCGACUUGAUGAGGAAUGCGAUUUAAUUGAUGUGCAGGGAGAAGAAGUGGCGUAUUGCUUGUGCAGAACUGAUUACUGUAAUCGAAAUACCAUUGCCGAUCAGUUUAUGCUAUUUGAAGAGAAACAUCCUGAGCUUUUCGAUGAUGUUGUUACGGAGAAGCCAACUGUUCCAACUCGUCUCCCAACUGGUCCAGCUCCACUUAAAAUCAGACCACUUCCUGUCAAUGCUCCAUCUCCACCAAAUCCUCCUUCAUUUGCGGCGCCGAUUCUCAAUCCGCCAGCGAUUGUUCCAAUCAACGAUCAUGGUUCAAAAUCAUCGGAAAUGAUCGAAAUCCGCCGAACACAACUGCCUUCUAGAAGCGCCGGAAUCGAAUCAGAAAUUCUUGCGAAUCGACCUGUGAUUAACUCAAGAGAAUCGGACAUUGGCAGAGUGAUGAGUUUGCCGAAGACCGCCAUCAGCGAAGGGACCUUCGUUGGCACUGGCAAUCCAAUAAUUCCGGCGAGAGGCGAAGAAUUCCAACAAGCCGUGAUGAAAUGCAUUCAAUGUGGCGAUGGAUCACUGAAAGACGAGUAUGAAGAGUGUAAGAAGCAGGUUCAAGUCGAAUGCUCCUCGCCGAGAUCAAUGUGUUUCACGAGGCAAAUCGCCAUCGGAAAUGGAAUGUUUGGAAUGGAAAAAAUGUGUGUUCUGCCCGAGCAACUCGUCAAUGAGUUCGGAGCAGUCCCGAACGAGGACAGCUGCGGAUCGUCGAACGGAGGAAGGGUGCACUUCUGCGCUUGCACAUCCCCGCUGUGCAACAACUUUCAUUUAAGCCAGCAGCGUCAAUUAUUCAAGAGUGUUCGUGCUUCGAAGACAGCCGCCCAACUAGCUUCUGCCCAUAUGCAGGUUCCUGAAAUCCCGAUGCCGCCAGCCUCUACAACACCCGAACUGAGACCGACGAUGAUCACCGCGACUACCACAUCAACGACAACAGUUCCGCCGCCGUCGCCACACCCGUCACCAAUUCCACCAAAGCCGAUAAUCCCGAUUGUGAAUCGGCCGGCAUCAACAGCUUCAUCGUCAAUUCGAUGUGUAAUCUGCACGGAAACGGAUAUGUCGGAUCCGACGGCCGACUGUGCGGCAAUGUCCGAAGAAGUUUGCGACGAAUCGGCAAAGUAUUGCGCGACGAAACAAACACAAAUGUCGACAAGUUCAUUCGCAAUGGAGAAAAAGUGCCUGUCUGAAAAAGAAGCGGCAGUAUUCCUUCCUGGGGAAACGUUGGAAGAUGGUUGCGCAACAAGUGAAGGUGGAAUGGUCAACUUCUGCAUCUGCUCGAGCACCCUGUGCAAUCGGCUCUCACUUCUUCAACAAGCUCAAAUGUCUGGAGUUCGCGAUUCGCUGGAAGAGCAGAGAAUUUUGGAGGAAGAAAUUCAAAAGCAGCGAGACUUGGCCAAUUCUAUCAAUAUUCCUCGUCUUCCGAAUCACAGUAAUGUCGGAAUAAUCACGAGCAGCGCGAAUGAGCCACAGGCGGCUAAACCAAAACUGCCCCCGGUUUUCCUUGACGAGGACGACUCUCGCGAAAUUGCCAAGGAUGUCAGAACCGAGGAGGACAUAAUACGCGAACGACAGAAAGAAUGGGCCAAGAUUGAUGCGAGAAGCAGCACAACACGCCACUCGACACCAUUCAUUCCGCAUUUAUUAUCCAUCUUCGUUCUUCGACUCUUUGCUCCGAGCCAUUUUUAA